AUGGCCUCGGGGUGCGAACCUGGCGCCUGCUCGUCGCAGAGGCGACUGAUAGUGGACUACCCUUUCUUCGACGUCGCUCCGUACAUCCUCGUCGGGGCAGUCGGCGGCGCGCAGUUCGUCGUAGACUCUUCCGGCGACUUCUGCAGGGUAGGCUACCAGACGCCCGCAAUAACCACGCCGCAAGGCGUCGCAGGCUUCCCGCAGGAUGGCACGAAUACGCUAGUGCAGGCAAACAUGGCCUGCGGCAUCACGCCCAUAAGGUUCGUGUUUACCACUUCGGCGCUGUCGGCAUACAACGACACAGCCGAGACUGCGAGCAUGCAGAUCGUGAUCUCCUUAGCGGCGGCCUCCUUCAUCGAUUCGGACUCUUGCGAGUCCGUGCUGUUCGCCACUGGCGGUUUCCCGCGACUCAGCAGCUGUCUGUUUGCCGGCCAAGAGGCGAUCCUUACCCUGCAGACUCCGUUCACGCAGCAGCAGAAAUACUCGAUCACCAUAAAGGUGGUGUCGCCGUCAGAGAGGAAGAUGGCCUCGGAGAACAGUUUCGAGAUGGUCAUCAGAUUGGAGGGCAAAGACACGAUCGAGGGCACGAUCGCGCCAGUGGACAUGGUGGAUGUGGUAGAGAGCGCGAAGGACACUUCGUACCACGGUGGCUACAUCACCGCUCUCCUGUGGCAGCCCGACUCCGAGUACUCGCCGUACAUGGGCAGGUACACGAAGUUCUCGUUCGGGCUGAGGUCCUUCGGCAGGAUGAUCAUCAACCACCUAAUACAGGUCGUUGCGUACCCGUCCGACGUCUGGAGGUUCGGGGCGCCAGACACGGAUUGCGACAAUUACCAGCAGUCGGGGCUGGUAGGAUCCUCCUGCCAGUAUUGGUCGUUCCCUGGCGCCCUCGCCACGGAGUCGAACGGCUUCCAGAUCAGGGUGGGAACCACGCCUUUCCUCAACCUCGGCACGGAUUCUGCAAGGUCAUUCAGCAUGCUUCUCCAAAAUCCGUCUGUGCCCGUGAACGCCUAUUGGGUGGCCACGUCCUUCAGGUACGACAACUUCCAGCCGGUCCAGCCCUUCUCCGUAUUCAUGGACAAGCCCGUCGCCACCAUCGGAGCACCGUCGGGCUACGUGGCCGGCUGGGAGCUCGCCGCUGUCAACCAGGUCCAGUGGAUCACGAUUGAGCUCUACCCGGGCAACAUGGUGGUGCCUGUCGGGGUCCAGGACGAGGCAUCGACGGGUGGUAUGCUGGUCUUCGUGCCGCCGGCGUCCUACGUGGUGAUAGUCAACGAGGAGCCCGCCGACGUCCCGGGGUACAACGCCUUGCCGUGCCGUAGCUGGCCGGAGGCGGACCGCGUGGCGGGCCGCUGGAUCUGCAAGCUGGAGGACGAGGUCCCCUUUGCGGACACCCCGUACCGCGUGCGGUUCCGGGUGCAGAACCCGGCCCAGCCGGGCGCGGCGCUGUCCUGGCGGGUGGAGCUGUGGCAGCAGGGCGACACCAGGCCGCUGGCCGUCACGCGGCAGAUCCGCGGGGUGCCCGUCUCGGGGACCAUGGACGCCGCGCUCGCCCCGUCCAAUCAGCUGCUGGGCGCCAGCAACGUCAUCAAGUUUGACUUCACCCCCUCUCAGGACAUCGGCGAUUACACCGGGACUCGCCUGGAGGUCGUGGCGCCCGAGGGUUUCUUGAUCAAGAAGACGCCCCAGAACUUCGAGCUCAUCGACAUCCCAGACUGCACCGUACUGGGAUCGGACUCUAACUCCUUCUCGCUGACUUUCACGGAGAGCAACGUGAUCAGGGCUGGCGACCAGUACAUCUUUGCACUCGAGGUGACAAAUGCCGAGACCGUCGUGGCAGACGACCUGAACUACUGGAAAUUCGAGACGGUGCGCCCAAAUGGCUUCGGAAGGGACACGGCCCGCUACGCGGGCUUCGACAUGUACCCCGUCGAGUUCUUGUCUUUCAAGGUUGUACCGGUGUCCAGCUAUGCGGGCCCGCAGUACGUGGUCGUCAAGUUCAGGUCUCCGACGACCAUUCCUGCUCUGGACUACAUUCGAGUGCGAGCCCCUGCCGGAGUAAGCUGGUAUACGACGGACCUCGAUUUCGAGACCGCUGCCGCCGCCACUGGCGCCCAGGACCUUGGGACCAAAUACCCAGUGGUCGGCUUCACCGCUACAAAUGAGCUUAGAUUUCAGCUGACCUCGACCGCGGUGGCCGAGCUCGAGUACGGGUUCCGAUGCAAAGUCGAGGUCCCCGAGGUCACGCCAGUCCCGAAUAGGUGGUGGAUCGAGCAAUAUAGGGGAACUGGCUCGGCGUCCACGGCGACAUGGAAAAACAUCGCUGCUAUGGGCGUCGACGGGUUUACGACUCAGGCGCUCAUCAAUGUCGUCAUUACCCCCUUCAGCGUCGUCAAGGAGAGCUGGAACAACCCCACCUACUUCGUAUCGAAGCAGCCACCGCCGUGGACGCUGGGGAGCUUCAGUUGGCCUCGGGCACCGAGGUCAUCCCCGCGGACCUCUUCGUGA